UUUAUUAUUUGCUGUACACAUUUGAGAAAAAUAUUGCCAAGCUGGCACAACGCCUCCCACUUUGACGGACAAGCGCUGGUGCGUAACGCUCGAUCCAUUGAUGAUGAAUGUACCGGGCAAGCAGAAACAACACUAGCGCUUCCUCCCCCACUCCUUUUACCCCUUGAUGCUAAUGCGGUGCGACAGCAAUAAAAACAUCGCAAAACUGAGCCGCUGCACGGGCUGUUCUUGUUCUUGUUGUUGUUGUUUUUAUUGUUGUCACGAACAGCAAAUAGAUCAACAACAACGAAAACAAAGCUUUCACUCCCACCGAUUAAAACAGCUCGCAAUACAUGAGCGCACCUGGCGCUUCAACAAUCACAAACAACCAUCAAUUUUCACUCGGACGACGAGGGGCUAUCAAGCAGAUGCCUCACUAGAACCAGCUACCAGCUGGAGAGAUAGAGAGUGAGUCAGUGAUUACGUGCACGUUAAAUAAUAAGCCGCAAAUCCGUUGCCCAACCACCCACCUAAUAAUAAUAGAAGUAGACAUCACCGGAAGGCAAAAUGCGUUCACGCAAAGUGCAAUUUCUGGUGAUCAGCUUCCUUGUCAUGUGGUCCUUCAUCACCUACUAUAUACUGCUGCGGAAUAGUAAUGCCAACGAUAUGACAAUGCAACAGCAGCAGCAAGUGAAGCGCCUGUUGCCGGAAGCUUUGAGGGAGGAUACGAAAAGCUUGAAGCUGACACGCACUCUCGUUGAGUUUCUGAAAUUUAAAUAUGCGGGUGAUCAGGAUCAACAGACGACAACAACGCCCAAGAUAAGCAUCGUUGCCGCUGAGAUCUCAAACGAGCUGCCCGAGCAGGCGCUGGACAAAGUGAUGCCUGCAACGCUAAAAACAACACCUGCGCAAAUACCAAAUAAAACAUAUCUGGCAAAUGGUGAGCCCGUCAUACCUAUUCUGGUCUUUGCCUGCAAUCGUGUCUCGGUCGAGAAGUGCCUGGACAAUCUCGUUGAAUAUCGUCCCAGCAUAGAACAGUUCCCCAUCAUUGUCUCACAGGAUUGCGGCGAUGAGCGGACAAAGCAGGUCAUUCAGUCGUUUGGCAGCCAAGUGACGCUGAUCGAACAACCCGAUUUGACCGAUAUCUUUGUGCUGCCCAAGGAGAAGAAGUUCAAGGGAUAUUACAAAAUAGCCCGACAUUAUGGAUGGGCGUUGAACACCACGUUUCAGAUUGGUUUCGAUUUCGUUGUUAUUGUUGAGGAUGAUUUGAAUGUGGCGCCCGAUUUCUUUGAGUACUUUCUGGGCACGCACAAGUUGCUCAAGCAGGACUCGAGUCUGUGGUGCGUUUCAGCUUGGAAUGACAAUGGCAAGGCGAACGUUGUGGACACAUCCACCCCAGAGCUGCUCUACCGCACCGAUUUCUUUCCCGGCCUCGGCUGGAUGCUGACCAAGGAAUUGUGGGCUGAGCUCUCCAUCAAGUGGCCCAAGUCUUUCUGGGAUGAUUGGAUACGGCAUCCGGAGCAACGAAAGGAUCGUGUUUGCAUUAGACCAGAAAUAUCAAGAACGCGUACUUUUGGAAAAAUUGGCGUGUCCAACGGUUUGUUUUUCGAUAAGUAUUUAAAACACAUCAAGCUUAGCGAGGACUUUGUGCAAUUCAGUAAAAUCAAUACAAGCUAUUUAUUAAAAGAAAACUACGAUAAGACGUUUUUGAAGCAAAUUUAUGUGCUUCCGCUGGUCACCUUUGAGGAGCUGCGUCGCAAUCUUAUCGCUAUUGAGGGACCAGUACGCAUUCAGUACAACACUCGUGACCAGUACAAGCGCAUUACUCGAAUGCUUGGCCUCAUGGAUGAUUUCAAAAGUGGUGUGCCACGCACCGCUUACCACGGCAUUGUGUCAUUCUAUUACAAUAAGCGACGUGUACAUUUAGCACCCAGUGCUAAUUGGAAGGGCUACGACCUUUCAUGGAGCUAACAUCGCUAGAACUAGUUACUAAAUUCAGCUCAACGCAACGUGGAACAGAAUCAAAAUGUUUGGUUUUUUACUGAUUGCAAUACCAAAAAGUAGAACUAGAAGUUUAUUUUAUUUGUUCAUUACGCCUAGUUUAGUUUUAAUUGUACAAUUGAGACUUUCGCAUUCAUUACUUUUCCAAUAUGAGUACUGCAUGUGAAAAGAGUAUCUAGUUACUACAACUAUUGAAUUUAAUUUGUAAUAUUUGUGCAACGAAGCCGCUCCAAUUGUAUGAUAUAGUCAAAGCCCGAUCCCCCUCAGCCAAUUGAACUUCGUAACUAAAGCAAUAGCAACGACAACAAAAAAUCCAAAAAAAAAAAACAAGAUUAAAGUAUUAGAUAAUAUGUAUGUAUAUAGUCACAGAGUAGUAUAAAUAUGUGCAUUCUGGGAUCGUUAAGUUUUUAAGUGUCCCAGAACGCAUAUAUUUAUUUAAACGGCGUCGCCGAAGCUCAAAAUCAUGGCGGCAAUCGCUGAAAAAAGCUGGCUUUCGUCGGCCUAGGACCUCAUCAUCUGUCCGCUCAUGACAAAAAAAAGGAUCUUCCGCACAGUUUGGGGUGCAUGGUAAAUAAAUAUGUGUGUUCUGCGACAACUAAAAAAUUAACAUACGCAGAAUGCCCAUAUUUAUACUACUUCAGAGCUGUCGGCGGCGACUCUGUUGCUGUAAGAUUUUCUGUUGAAUGCUAAUUACUAAUAAUACGCGUUAAUGUACUGUACAAAAUGAGGUUUAGUUGUUAAGUUGAAUGAACUCCAACAUCAAGAUCUAGCUGGAAAGUCUGCAACGGGCAUUAAGAAAUUAAGUCAUUGUGAUUUUGAUUUAUCUAAUUGUAAACUCUUGUAAUUUGUAAACAGAAUUCUGUAAUUUGAGAGAGCCAAUAACCGACCCACAACAUGUAAAAUAGCAUAGCCAUAGUUAACUCUUAAGCAUUUUGGAAGACAGGCACACACUUCUUGUCAGCCAACAACAACCCCACCCCCACCCCAGUGACAGCGCUAACACACACCCAAUCACACCAAAUCCCAUAUGCAAUAGGAAUGUGUGCCACAGUCGGAAUAGUGAUAGCUAACUAACCUAACAGACAAACAAACACAUACACAUGACACCUGUAUGACUAUAUAUGUAAUUUAUAUGAACAUAUUUUUUGUGUGUGGCAUAUAUAAAUAUAAAUAUAUAUAAACAUAAA